CUUAGUAGACAUUGGAGUGUUGUGGCACCGUCAUUCAAGGCAAAACCAUCAAACGAGCAGGUUGUAAAUCGCACGAUCUAAAUUUGCAGUGAAAUUUAAAGAAGGUUUCGCAAAAAUCCUGUUACCUGAUACAGCGUGCGGUGUGUUGAAGUUGAAACAGGAGUGCCAUAUUUCGUCGCAUCGGAAGUGCGCCACUUAAAAGCCCUUACAAGGUCGACUGAAGUGCAUAGGAACUAUUCAACCAACCACAAUGGCUUCGCUGGAUCAAAAGCGGGAAGCUUUCCGAAAGUACCUCGAAUCUGCGGGUGCUAUCGAUUGCCUAAGCAAGGCGCUGAUUCGUCUGUACCAGGAAGACCACAAACCAGAGGAUGCGUGCAAGUUCAUUCGGCAGGUCCUGUGCGAAAACUGUCCCACCGAUGAACAGGUCGCGGAAAGUAUGGAAGAAUUAGCCGCAGCUCGCAAACGAAUCCAGCAACUUGAACGCGAAAAUCGAGGUCUCGUGCUCAAUGUUCGCCGAACUGCCAGCGAAACAAAUCUUGCCCUCGAUACAGGAUUGCAGGAGAUGGCAGAAGACGAAGGGUGCUGCUCAUUGUUGAAGACACAUCUCACCCAAGAGUUGCUGGAUAAGUUAAGGGAGAUGAAAACGCCGGAGUACAAAUCGACGCUACUAGAUUGCGUCCAGUCAGGUUUGAAGAAUCGAGAUUCGCACGUUGGUCUGUAUGCGGCCGAUCCUAUGGCAUACAGCGUAUUUGCGGAUCUGUUCAAUCCAUUAAUCGAAGAAUAUCAUACGGGAUUCGGUGCGGAUGAUAAACAGCCGGAACUCAGCUGGGGAGAACCGACAGAGCUGGAGAAUGUGGAUCCCGAGGGUCAGUAUGUCAUAUCGACGCGUGUCCGUUGUGCUCGGUCGGUUGAAGGCUUCCCGUUCCAUCCGCGUAUGCAAGAAGACCAGUAUGAAGCAAUCUACGAGAAGGUCCAAGCCGCAUUGCAGGAUCUACCGGAAGAAUUGCAGGGUGAGCUGCAUCUGCUCGAAACACUCGACGCAAGCAAAAAGCUGGAGUUGACCGAGGGUCACUAUUUGUUCAAAGAGUGUGACCGUUUUCUGGAGGAAGCGAAGGCUAAUCGUUUCUUCCCGGCUGGACGAGCAAUCUUCCUGAACGAAGCGAAAACGUUCGUGGUGUGGGUUAACGAGGAGGACCACUUGCGAAUUAUUUCCAUGCAGGAUGGAGCGGAUAUUGCGCAAGUGUAUCAACGAUUCAUUACCGCUCUGAACACGUUGGACAAACAUAUUCCCUUCCAACGUGACGAACGUCUCGGAUAUCUUACCUUCUGUCCGACCAAUCUCGGUACGGCUAUUCGUGCCUCGGUGCACAUUCGGCUGCCGAAAUUAAGCAGCGACAAGGAUCGAAUGGAGGAGGCCGCAGCCACUAACAAACUGCAGAUUCGCGGUGUACACGGUGAGCACACGGAUACCGGUGAUGGUAUACUUGAUGUGUCGAACAAACGACGCCUUGGGCUGACCGAAUUCGAUGCAAUCAAGGAAAUGGUAGAUGGUGUGAAGGCAUUGAUUGAGCUUGAAAAAAAGUUGGAAUCUGGCGAUGGUGAAGCUGCUAAUGAAGCUGGUGGCGAGGCUGAAACUGCCGAAUAGGGGCCACUUGACCGAAGCGAAAUAAGUAUCGACAUAUAUGGCACAAAAUCUUACUUGUUGCAAAAUGCUACUUGCCAAAUUCGUAUUUCAAGCAUACUCGCUUUAGCUAGUUAUUGUGCUAGUACAAUCGAUGUCGCUGGCAUCAUCAUGCUCUUGUUACACUGAAGCUUGUGUUGCGUAUCCAAAAUAAACUACGUUUCAAAAUAGUAA